GGGAAAAACCUACUGUCACAGCUAACCAGAUUGAUGUUUGACAUGGUCUCUUAGUUACUGUUCUACUUCUUACAAGAGGCACCAUGACCAAGGCAGCUCACAGAAGGAAGCAUUUAAUUAGGACUUCCACGAGUCAGCCUGUGAUCCCCAUGGUGGGAGUAUGGCAGCAGACAGGUAGGCAUGGUGCUAGAGCAGUAGCUGAGGGAUGACAAUCUGACCCAAAAGCUCCAUGCUUGGAGAAAGCCAGACUGAGCCCGGUGUGGGUUUUGAAACCUUACAGCCCAUUUUCUGUGACACAACUCCUCCAACAAGGUCACACUUCCUAAUUCUUCCUAACCAGACUACCAACUGGAAAUCAAACAUGCAAAUGUGUGAGCCUGUGGAACCGUUCUCAUUCAAACCACAGCACAUGGUAUAUUCUAUUCCUUGACACUUUCAUUUCUCUUCCUAAGAGUUCCAGGUUUCUUCAAAUGGUUAAGAUUGUUACCCAACCUGUGAUAGUUUCCAAAUCUCAACACUUUUCUUUGUAAUAAUGCUCCUUUCUGGAAGGAAUGCUGCUUACUGAUUGCUACAGCCUCCAUGUGUCUUUAGGGGAGAAUUUUAUAGAUAAAUAAUCAAAUUCCUUCCCAAAGGGAGAAACAGUAAUAUAAUUAAUAACAUCAGAAAGCCGUGUUCCUAUCGUACCAUACUCAUCUACAUUCCAAUAGUUGACCAAAAACCUCUGGACUCAUUCCAGUACUAAUAAUGUUGGUCAUAAUCAUUCAGUAACCUCUGGUUAAAAUUCAAGUGGAUCCCAAAACCUUAGGCCCACAAUUGGACCUGUCUACAAGAUGUGCAGGGGUAAAGAUGUAGCAGAAAUUAAGGAAAUAGCCAACCAAGGACUAGACCAGCUUUAGACCCAUGCCAUGAGAGAGAACACACCCCUAACACUAUUGAUAUUGUCUGCUAUACUUGCAAACAGGUGCCUAGCAUAACUGUUAUCUGAAAAGCUUCACCCAGCAACUGAUGGGAACAGAUGCAGCAAACCACAGCCAAACAUUAGGCAGAGCUUAGGGAAUCCUGUGGAAGAAUAAGGAUGGAAGGAGCUAGAGAAAUCAAGGACACCAUAAGAAAACAUACAGAGUUAACUUACCUGCGCCCAUAGUGUUGCUAAUAACAGUGCUCGUAGUGGAAGGGAUUGCUGUGGCCCAAAAGACCCAAGAUGGACAAAAUAUUGGAAUCAAGCACGUUCCUGCAACCCAGUGUGGCAUUUGGGUUCGAACCAGCAACGGAGGUCAUUUUGCUUCCCCAAAUUAUCCUGACUCCUAUCCGCCAAACAAGGAGUGUAUCUAUAUUUUGGAAGCUGCUCCUCGUCAACGGAUAGAGCUGACCUUUGAUGAACGCUAUUAUAUAGAGCCAUCAUUUGAAUGCCGGUUUGAUCACUUGGAAGUUCGAGAUGGGCCAUUUGGCUUCUCUCCUCUUAUAGAUCGUUACUGUGGCAUGAAAAGCCCUGCAUUAAUUAGGUCAACAGGAAGAUUCAUGUGGAUUAAAUUUAGUUCUGAUGAAGAACUUGAAGGACUAGGAUUUCGAGCCAAAUACUCAUUCAUCCCAGAUCCAGACUUUACUUACCUUGGAGAUUGCCAGUUUGAGCUUUCGGGAGCUGAUGGAAUAGUGCGGUCUAGCCAAGUAGAACAAGAGGAAAAAACCAAGCCCGGCCAAGCGGUUGACUGCAUAUGGACAAUUAAAGCUACCCCGAAAGCUAAGAUUUAUUUGAGGUUCCUAGAUUAUCAAAUGGAACACUCGAAUGAAUGCAAAAGAAAUUUUGUGGCAGUCUAUGAUGGGAGCAGUGCUAUCGAAAAUCUGAAGGCCAAGUUCUGCAGCACCGUGGCUAACGACGUAAUGUUGAAAACGGGAGUGGGGGUGAUCCGGAUGUGGGCAGACGAAGGCAGUCGGCUGAGCAGGUUCAGGAUGCUCUUCACUUCCUUUGUGGAGCCUCCCUGUACAAGCAGCACUUUCUUUUGCCAUAGCAACAUGUGCAUCAACAAUUCAUUAGUCUGUAAUGGCGUUCAAAACUGUGCAUACCCUUGGGAUGAGAACCACUGUAAAGAAAAGAAAAAAGCCGGACUGUUUGAACAAAUCACGAAGACUCAUGGGACGAUCAUUGGUGUCACAUCAGGGAUCGUCCUGGUCCUUCUCAUUAUUUCUAUUUUAGUACAAGUGAAACAACCCCGGAAAAAGGUCAUGGCUUGCAAAACUGCAUUUAAUAAAACUGGGUUCCAGGAAGUAUUUGAUCCUCCUCAUUAUGAACUAUUUUCACUAAGAGAGAAAGAGAUUUCUGCAGAUCUGGCAGAUUUGUCAGAAGAACUUGACAACUACCAGAAGCUGCGACGCUCCUCCACGGCCUCUCGGUGCAUCCAUGACCACCACUGUGGGUCUCAAGCAUCCAGUGUCAAACAAAGCAGGACCAACCUCAGUUCCAUGGAACUUCCCUUCCGAAAUGAUUUUGCACAACCACAACCAAUGAAAACAUUUAAUAGCACCUUCAAAAAAAGCAGCUACACUUUCAAACAAGCCCAUGACUGCCCUGAACAGGCUCUAGAGGACAGAGUGAUGGAGGAGAUUCCCUGUGAAAUCUAUGUCAGAGGGCGAGAUGACUCUGCACAAGCGUCCAUAUCCAUCGACUUUUAGUUGUUGACUAAAGGCACUGUUAGGAUGUGUGUGUGCAGCCCACGCCAACACCCGUUGUGUCACCGCGUCCCAUCUUGUCCUAUCAAAGUUAGAAAGCCCUUCAUCAUUUAUCAUAAUGCUGACGAUUUGAUCUCAGGCAAUCUAUAUAUGUGAAACCAACUAAGAAACAAUGUAUUCGGUGGAAAGAAGUCAUCUGUUGCUGGUAUCUUACCGACAGACACCACCAGCCCAAUAGCAGUUGAGGAGCAAGUGGUCACGUUGAGUCAGGUGGAGCAGCAUGGUGGUGUUAACAUCGGGUACUGUCUGUGUUCACACAGCCCCAUCAACUUGAUCUCACAGUAAAUGUAAACAUUUUUCUUUAUAUUCCUUUUGUCCUCCUUUUUUCUGUUAUGCUUUAUUUGCCUAUAGUUUUACCAUUUCAGUUUCCUGUGAAAGGGGAUAAUAUGUCACUUAAUUCAGCAUGGGCAUGGUUUGCUCUAAAUGUGUAAAAUAUGGCUAGGACUGUCAUGAGUGACAGUUUAAGACACAGUCAUAUUUUAUUUCUUCCUGACUGAUUUCUACACUGUUGUCUUUAAUAACUGCACCUUUAGUUCUGCUUUUCUGUGGGAAGUAGUAGAUUACAUGAUUUAGCACCUUUAAAUCAUGUUUCAAAUUAGUUAUGCUACAAAAGUAAUAAUCCUGGGGUACAUUGUUACCAGAUACACAUGAGUGGAAAUUUGAGAAGGAUUAAAAACUUGUAGCAGCCUCUGAAGUUUUCCCCAUUGGGUCUCUUCAGUGACAGAAAUUCACCCCAGUGAUCAGGGUCCUGGGAUUCACUGGUGUGCAGACCUUUAACUGUGGCUCCACGCAGAGCCUCUCAGAUCUUGUUCCCUCUCAUCUGUCAAAGAUUUCUUUGUUCUCUUGGUAUUGGUUUGUCUUUGACACAUGGCCAUGGUUGGUGGAAGCUUAAAGAAAUUCUCCGAGAAACUGUGUGAGCCUUUACAUAGCUUCCGCUUGAGACAGUGCAUUUUUCUACCCAUUGUCAAGAAGAGCAACUUCAACUUUUUUUAAGCUGCACUUUUCACCUUAUGUUUUGUAAAGUAUAUAAAACAAUAAUUUAUAAACAUAUCAAAACUCAUUGUGUUUUUUAGACUUUUGAUAUUAUUUGAUAUUGUAUAAACUUUAUUAGAUCCAGAUUUAAGACAUAAAAGACAAAUUUCUUUAAGUGCUCACAGUAGUGACUUUGUGUAGAAGUAUACUGUGUUGGGACUGUACUAUAAUUUAUUAUGAAGACCUUGCCCAUGGUGAUGUGUACAUGCAUUUUUCUUUCUUUUGCUGCUGUGUUAGUUGAUAAUAAGUUUUUCACUGUGUGGUAUUUAUUGUUCUAAAUCACAACAGAAAUCUUAUAUUAAAGAAUACAUUAAUUCAUGA